AUGGAAAAGAAACCGCAUUUCGUUAGGAGGGAGUUUCUUCCCAGAGAGGUGCCAUCCAUCUCACUGGCGUUACUGCUUGCAGCUGUCCUGCUCCUUAAUGCCCUUCUCUACCUGUACCUCAAUAAGUUUUACAUCUCUCUGGAACGCGUCGAAACGGACCACGGCCUCUGCCCUUUUGGGCAUUUCAAAUUCGGAGCGGUGAAGAAUUGUUCCCCGUGGCUUUCCUGCGAAGCCAUAAAUAGGGAAGUCAGGAAACUCAAGUGUGUUGGCGAAGGUGCUGUGAAAAAGGUCUUCCUUUCUGAGUGGAAGGAAAAGAAAGUGGUCCUUUCACAGCUCACCAACUCAGAGCUGAAGGAAGACUUUCUCCAUGGAUUGAAGAUGCUGAAAGCCCUUCAGAGCAAGCAUGUUGUCCGGCUGCUUGGCUACUGUGAGCAGCAUUUCACAAUCCUCACUGAGUACCAUCCUCUUGGUUCACUGAGAGGCCUGAAUGAAACUCUCCACAUUCCUAAAUACAAGGGUAUGAACACCUGGCAUCGCAGGCUGAUGCUUGCCAUAGACUACGUGAGUGUCAUUCGGUACCUGCACAGCAGCCCCCUGGGCACCUUAGUGAUGUGCGACUCGAAUGACUUGGAAAAGGUUCUCUCCCAGUAUCUCCUAACAAGUGACUUUCAUGUUCUGGUGAAUGAUUUGGACGCUUUGCCUCUUGUGAACAGGAGUGCUGGCAGGCUGGUGAAGUGUGGUCACAGGGAGCUCCGGGGUGAGUUUGUAGCUCCUGAGCAGCGUUGGCCCUAUGGAGAAGAUGUGCCAUUUGAGGAUGACCUCAUGCCUCCCUAUGAUGAGAAAACAGACAUCUGGAAAAUCCCAGAUGUCUCCAAUUUUUUCUUGGGCCAUGUUGAAGGAAGUGACAUUGUACGACUGCAUCUGUUUGAUAUCCACGCAGCGUGUAAGAAGAAGGACCCGGCAGAACGACCCUCUGCCCAAGAGGUCUUAGACACCUACAGGAAAGUUUUAACUCUGCUUAUUCAGGAGGCAGCUAUGCCUGGUACUAGAGAAAUGUUAUAG